AAAUCAGAGGUGACACUUGAUGAUAGAUACUGUAAACAUAAACAUUAAAAUACUUGACAAGUUUAAACUUGUUCAGACUUGUUAGAAAUAUUCAUUACUCAUUACUCGGUGUGUACUGUAUAGUAAAUAAGAUAAAAAAAAAUUAAGCUGGUGAAUGAUAAUAGUUAUGAACUAUUGAAUUUUGGAGUAAGUUAAAAACGAGCAAAUAAAAAACGAUAUUCAAAAUGAAACUCACAACUUGUUUGAUGAUCCUGAUGAUCAUGUCCAGUGUUGAUGGAUCAAUACUCAAUUGGAUUUGGUCCAAGCCAACUAGUGAAGAGAAAAAAAUUACUUUUUCUAAUAAUGUACCACUUGCUUCAAUUCCAUAUGAAAUAAUGACAAAUGACGAAAAAUUCCUUCAUGAAGCAUCAAAAAUAACUGAUAUACAAAUAUCAUCAGUUCUUGAUUCAUGUCAACACAAGGUUGUCUUGAAAAUUCGCAAAACUUGCUCUGCAUUGACAGAAGAAGAGCUCAGUAAAUUUAGUGUCAAUUUGCUAAACUGUCAAUCUUUUGCUGAGGGUAGAAAAACUUAUCCAUGUACAGAUGAAAUGACCUUGGAACAAUGUACAACAGAUAUGGAUCCUGAUACAUGGAAUGCUUAUCAUUUGAUGAAUAAUCGAGCUCGAGGAAUUUGUUUGUCUGCACGUAAUACACAAUUUCGAGCAUUAACUGAAAUUACAGUUAAUAAACUCAUGGAGAGUUCACAGUCACAAAUAAAAGCAUUUGAUACUCUCAAGGAAAAUCAAGAACGUUUAGAGAUGAAAACUAUUGAAGCUUUAAUGUCAUUAUCUGAAGGAAAUAAAAUUCUUUUGGAUCAACAAGAACACUUGAAAGAUGCUCAAGCAUCAGCACACAAUUUAGUUGCUAGUAAUCUUCGUGAAUUGAAUAAUGAAAAAGCAUUAAUUAGAGCUGGACAUAUGCAACUAUCAACAAUGACUGAAGAUAUAAAAAAACGAUUGGAGAAAGCAAGUCAACAAUUACUUUCUCAAACUGAUGAGAGUCGAGAGAAUCAUAAAGAGUUACUAGAUGAUCUUAUGAACAUUCAAAAACGAGCAGAACUUAUAUGGGAUAAAAUUGAAGCGAGUACAGAACGAAUUGUAAAACAAAAUUUUGAGGCAGCAGCUCAAUUUGAAAAAACACUUGAGAGAUUAGAAAAAAUUAAUGGUACCAUUUAUUACAUUGGAAAUGUUACUGAAUCAAUGAAGACAGAAAUUGAUCAAAAGCUUGAAUGGAUUGCUAAUUACAUUGGGAAUACAGGUGAACAAUUUGAAAAAAUACAUCGAAUUUGUAUGCAUAUUGUGUAUCUUUUGGCAGCAAUGAUUGUUGCUUCAUUUUUAAAUGCUCCAACCUUGACAAGAGUAACAAUCUUGGGACUAAUUCCAAUGAAUUUGGUUGCUUUUUUAAAGCAUGGAAUGAAAACAUGCUUGGAUUUUACGUCAAUAACUGUGUUGAUAUUAUUAAUAACUGGAAUGCAUUUCAUUAUGGUUGGCAUUCAGCGUUUAAUGUCAUCUGGCAAUCCAAAAACAAUUGAUACUCCUGAUGGUUAUGAUUUUCCAAUGGGCAAUGGUUGUUCUACUCCUCUUUUGUCAUCUAGUGCAAUGAGAAGUGGACAGAAACAAACUCCAUUAAAACGAAAUUUUGCUAAUGAAGUUUACAGAAUGACGAUAAACAAGCUUGUUCGCUUUAAAGAUAAUACAGUGUCUAUAAUGCAAUAUGCUGCUUCUUGGUGUCGACAAAAUACUUCUCCAGUUGAAGAGCUAUCCUGUUCUUAUCAUCCAUCAAAGAAAAGUCAUGACGACGUUAUUUAUUAUUCCAAAAAGUAUCCAAGUACAUACAAUAAUAACUCGGAAUAUGAAACAUCAAGAUUAUAUAAUGAUUCAGAAAAUACACUUGAUGCCAAUGACUUGCGACGUCGAUUAAUUUCCACACGAUCAUCAUCAGUUAGAUCAAAUACAUCAUCAAGAAGUGUUACACCAAGCUCUGGAAUAGAAAGAACAAUGUGUUCUGCAAUUACAAAAAAUGGUACCCAAUGUCGUUCACGUGCACAAAUUGGCCGUGAAUUUUGUGGUCGACACACUGAUCAGUCAUCAGUCAGCAUGAAUUUGACAGAGAAUUAAUUUUUUUUUUUAAUAUUGAUUUCUAGUUUUUAAGGUCAUCAAAUGACACAGAUACAACAAAUCAAUCAACGCUAUAAUAAUUGUAAAUUACGACCAAUAUUUGCAAAGUACUCUUAGAACUUAUACGAAAUAUUUAUACGGAAUUUGAUACUUAUAUAAUUUGAAUUUUUAGUUUAAUAAUACUCAUCUUUUUAUUUAUAAAAAAAAAAAUACAUUUUGAUAUAGUUUUAUUAGGAAAAAAAAACAAAAAUUUAAAUUUACCUUUAAAAGUGUGAAUGUAUUUAUUUAUUAUAAUUAUUAUUUAUUUUGAAUUUUCCAAAAAUUUGUUUUCAAUCGUGUAAGUCAUAUUUGAGUACUAUUUAUCAUAAUAAAUUUACAAGAUAAAAUAUUAAUUUAACAAUUAAAAGUCAUACAUUUCUAAGACAAAUAAAUUAUAUUUUUAAAAAAUAAUUAUUGUAAAAAAAAAAAUUAUAUCAGCUGAUUAAUAAUAAUGACAAAAAACAGUCAAAAAAAUUGUAAUAUAAAAAUAUCAAUAAAUUAAUUGUAUAGUUUAAAAGUUGGAAACAAAAAAAAGUUUUUUUUUUUUUUUUUAAAUAAGCUAGUUUGUUUAUUUUAAAUAUACGUAUUUUUAUAAAAAAUAAAUAGUAAAAUAAUUUAAUAAAAAUAAUAAUAAAAUUUAACAUUGUCAGUCAAAUUUUUUUCACUUUGACAUAAAGAAAUUAAGUAGUUGAAAAGGGGAGCUUUACUUGUUGUUAAUCUGUAGGUUCUUGGUCUUUUGUACAAAGUACAAUUUAUCUGGUUAAAGCAAUGUCAGUAAGCACUGUCUGUCAAAAAGCCUGUCAAGCAAAGCUUC